CAAACACAUUCAAUUAACCAUGGAGUAUAGGUUAAUUCAAAUCAAACCCGUCUAGUGCCCAAGAACGGAGUGAGAAUUGCCUAUUGUUGACAUCCCGAGAAUUGCCCCACCAACUCAUCCUUCUCUUGGUUUUUCCCCCCCACUUCUUCCUCUGCUGCUUCCACUCACUCACUGCCCCUCCAUUUCUCUGGAGCUCCAUACUCCGAUUUCUUAUUCUUUAUUAUUUCUUCCUCCUCCUCCUCUUCUUCUUCUUCCUCUCUUCCCUUCUCCUUCCUCAUCCCUCCCUUCAUUCAUCCAUUGUAGUUGUUGAUUUCAGACUCAGCAAUCAUGGGCUACUCCGAUCUUGAUCAGUUGGCUAUCAACACGAUCCGCCUUCUCGCGGUCGAUGCCACCUUCAAGGCCAACUCCGGUCACCCCGGUGCCCCCAUGGGCAUGGCCCCCGUCGCUCACGUUCUUUUCAACAAGUUCAUGAACUUCAACCCCCAGAACCCCGGCUGGGCCAACCGUGAUCGUUUCGUCCUCUCGAACGGCCAUGGCUGCAUGCUGCAAUAUGCUCUCCUGCACCUCUUCGGCUACAAGGUCACCAUGGACGACCUCAAGAACUUCCGUCAAGUCGACAGCAUCACCCCCGGCCACCCCGAGGCCCACGAUACCCCCGGCAUUGAGGUCACCACCGGCCCUCUGGGUCAGGGCUUCGCCAACGCCGUCGGUCUCGCCAUGGCUCAGGCUCACUCCGCCGGCGUCUUCAACAAGCCCGGCUACAACCUCUUCGACAACUACACCUACAUGUUCUUCGGUGAUGGCUGCGCCAUGGAGGGUAUCGCCUCCGAGGCCGCCUCCAUGGCCGGUCACCUGCAGCUCGGCAACCUGAUUGCCAUCUACGAUGACAACCACAUCUCCAUUGACGGCGACACCAAGUGCGCCUUCACCGAGGACGUCACCAAGCGCUUCGAGGCCUACGGCUGGCACACCGUCUGGGUCAAGGACGGUGACAACGAUCUCGAGGCCAUCGAGGCCGCCAUCAAGGAGGCCCGCGCGGUCACCGACAAGCCCUCCAUGAUCCGUCUGACCACCACCAUCGGUUUCGGUUCCAAGCUCCAGGGCACCGGCGGUGUCCACGGCAACCCCCUCAAGGCCGACGACAGCGAGGGUGUCAAGGCCCGCUUCGGCUUCGACCCCAAGCAGUCCUUCGUCGUCCCCCAGCAGGUCUACGACCUCUACCACAAGCACGCCGCCGAGGGUGCCGCCAAGGAGCAGGAGUGGAACCAGCUCCUCCAGAAGUUCGGCGCCGAGUACGCCGCCGAGCACGCCGACCUCACCCGCCGUCUCUCCGGCAAGCUCCCCGAGGGCUGGGAGAAGAGCCUGCCUGUCUACAAGUCCACCGACGCCGCCGUCGCCUCCCGCAAGCUGUCCGAGACCGUCCUCGAGAAGAUCCACGACGUCAUCCCCGAGCUGCUCUCCGGCUCGGCUGAUCUGACGGGCUCCAACAACACCCGCUGGAAGGACGCCGUCGACUUCCAGCCCCCCGUUCUGGGCAUCGGCAACUGGGCCGGCCGCUACAUCCGCUACGGUGUCCGCGAGCACGCCAUGGCCGCCGUCAUGAACGGUCUCACGGCCUACGGCGUCAACAUCAUCCCCGCCGGCGGCACCUUCCUCAACUUCGUCUCCUACGCCGCCGGUGCCGUCCGUCUCUCCGCCCUCUCCCGCGUCCGCGCCAUCCACGUCGCCACCCACGACUCCAUCGGUCUGGGUGAGGACGGCCCCACGCACCAGCCCAUCGAGACCCUGGCCCACUUCCGUGCCCUCCCCAACUGCAUGGUCUGGCGCCCGGCCGACGGCAACGAGACCAGCGCCGCCUACUACUCCGCCCUCACCGCCAAGCACACCCCCAGCAUCCUGGCCCUCACCCGCCAGAACCUGCCCCAGCUGGAGAACAGCAGCAUCGAGGCCGCCAUCAAGGGUGCCUACGUCGCCGUCGAGGACCCCAGCGCCACCGUCACCCUCAUCUCCACCGGCUCCGAGGUCAGCAUCUGCAUUGACGCCGCCAAGAACCUCAAGGAGAAGCACGGCGUCGCCGCCCGCGUCGUCUCCGUGCCCUGCUUCGAGGUCUUUGACGCCCAGGACAAGGCCUACAAGCUCCAGGUUCUCCCCGACAACAUCCCCAUCCUGUCCGUCGAGGCCCUCUCCACCAUGGGCUGGGAGCGCUACUCGCACGAGCAGUUCGGUCUCAACCGCUUCGGCGUGUCGGGUCCCUACAAGGAGGUUUACGCGAAAUUCGAGUUCACCCCCGAAGGCAUCAGCAAGCGUGCCCUGGCCACCAUCGACUUCUACAAGGGCCAGCCCGUGCGGUCGCCCGUCAACCGUGCUUUCCAGCAGAUCUUGUAAAGGUGUGAUGGUUAACUGAAUGAAUUUUCUUAUGUUUAUUUUCCUUUAUUUAAAUUAAAUUGUUGCUCUUGAUGUCUGAUUUUGAGAGACUGUGAAAAGUCCCUGGGAAAGUAAGUCCCCAAGGACCCGGGAAGAAUGAAGAGUGGAUAAGGACCAUCUAGAUGAAUCUUUUAGAGGCAGCAAAAGAAUACCAUGGGUUAAUCUGCGUUC